AUGCAUUAUGAUGUGACGUAUUCAAAUUUAAUGGAAAUUGCAACAAAUAAAGAAGCAGCAAUGAAUGACAAAAGUGGCUGGAGAAAAGAAGAUGACACACAUUUAAAGUACCACAGAAAAACCAGUGGAUAUGGUCAAUUCAAGCGGAUUUUGAAAGUGUCCAAGGAGUCGAAGGCAAAGUGUGGAGUUUGUGGCUAUUCCAAUCACAUUCAAAACACAGUCAAAAAGACUGCAGGUACAAAGAUUACAAGUGCAACAAUUGCGGUCAUUUAUCCAAUGUAUGUAAAAAGGGCGAGAAAGAAAAGAAAAACAAUAAAACACAAAACACAUUUUUGUUUAAAAAUGAUGAUAAUGAUAUAGGUAACUUCGAUCUUUUUAGUAAUUUUUUUCUAUAAUUGAUCAGAACUUUCAAAAUAGAGCUGUGAAACCGUUAACAUUAGAUUUAAUUGAAGAAAAUAAUAAGAUUGAUACUGGUUCGCAAUAUAGUGUUAUUUCAAAAAGAUUGUAUAGCAACUGUUUAAUCACAUUACGUUAAAAAAAAAAAAAAAAAUGAUAUUUCUCUUUUUGAUUAAGUCUGCAAUGAUUUACUGAUAGGCAAAAUACUCGUUAAUUCGGAAUAUGAAAAUAAAAAGAUUAUUAUGUGCAUUUAUUUAAUCGGAAAUGGUGGUCCACCACUAAUUGGCAGGAAUAUAUAAGAAAUUUAAAGUAUUUUAAUUUGUUUAAUAUGGAAAAUGACGGAAGUAUAGAUAGCAUUAUAAGAACAUUUUACAAUUCAUUUAAAGAUGGAAUAGGUACUAUUAAUAAAUAAGAAAUGUCAUUAAAUGUCGAAGAUGAAGUGGUACCCAAAUUUUAUAAACCUAGGUCUAUUCCUUUAGUCUUAAAAACAAAGUGGAAAUCGAAAUUGAACGUUUAGUCAAUAGUAAUAUUUUGGUAUCUAUUGACCACAGUGAAUGAGCAACUCCAAUUUUUCCAAUAUUAAAACCAAACAUUACAGUUAGAACUUGUGGGGGAUUUCAAAAUAACAUUAAAUCCGGUAUUAGAAGGGACUGAAUAUUCUCUUUCAAAAAUUGAACAUUUUUAUACAAAUAUAAGUGGUUCGAAAUAUUUCUCUAAAAUCAAUUUAAAAGACGUGUAUCAACAAAUUGUUAUUAAAGAAUCUGAUCGCAAAUAUACCAAUAUUAAUAAUAUUAAUACACAUAAGGGAUUAUUUAGUUACACUCGUAAUUCGUUCGGAAUAAAAUGGUCAGCAGGUGAGUUCCAAAAAGCUGGUCUCAAGGGCACAGGAGUAUUUCAAUAUGAUAAAGUAGCAGAUUCUACAAUUGCAGAGCACCACAAUGCUCGAUUAAACAAAUUACUAAAUGUACUUUAG